UUCGCACGCCGUGGAAUUGGAAUCCACACGCAUCUGAUAGAUACAAAUAAAAAAAAGACACAAAAAUCCAAAAAAAUUAACCAGCUACAAACAAAAUUGAAAUUAUCGAAUACAAUUUAGUAUUGAAAACAAAUCAUCUACAAUGGAGUUUAACAACCGUUUGCUACUGAAAAUCAUUGAGCUGGCCAUUGCCAUAGCCUGCAUUGUGAUGUACGAGGUGGACGGAGCUCUCUCUUCACGCCCAUUGAUUGUUUGCGGCACCAUUGGAGGCUUCGCCAUCAUUUGUGGUGUACUGCUGAUUGGUCAUGUGAUCAACUCGCUUGUGGAGAAACGUCUCAAUGCCUUGAUCUCGCUGAUCGGCUGCAUUCUGUUUGUGGCCUCCGGUGCCUUGGUCAUUGAUGAGUGGCAUGAUGCCCUCCUGCAGAAGGAUCGUAAACGUAAUGCCAUAGCUGCCGGCUCCUUGAUGAUUAUCAAUGGAGCUGUCUUUCUACUGGACACGCUCUCGAUUUGCCGAACGUAAACUUCCCUUUCCAUCUCUCCACAAAAAGAACAACAUGAAUAUUCACAAUACAUAUAUAUUUUCUCUGUGCUUUUUUGUAUUGUAUUUGAAAAUUCUCAUGGCUUCUGUAUGGGUGGGUCAUCAUCGAAUGUUGAAAAGAAGAAUCUUUGUAAUGUUUUUUUUUUUUUGUUUAUAUAUACAUAUAUACAUAAACAUUUAUAUACAUAUAUAUUUAUAUAUACGAAUAUAAAUAGCACUUAAGCUAACCUCAGCCCUUGCACUUGCAAACAAUCUGUUUAACGAAUAUCAAAUGAAAAUUGUUUACAGGAAUCCAUUAAGAAAUAUGUAUAUGUACAUACACACAUACAUAAAUAUACAUAUACACACAUACCACUAUACUCGUAUAUCAUACGAUCAUGUCUCUUGUAUAAUGCAUAAUUAUGCUCUAAGAAAAUUGCUUUUAAUUGGUGGGGGCACACGUGAGGGAAGAUUUUUCUGGGAAAAACUCUUUCAGCCAUUUGACAUGACAUGACGUGACGUUACAUCACGUGCCAAGAGUAUCACGUAUUGCAAAAAAAGACACUGAACAUGAACCUAAGCCUUAGCCUCAGAUUCAACCUAAGUAAGUCUAACUUCGGGUUGUAUAUCUAAAUACAUACAUACAUACUUAUCUAUGUAGAUCCGUAUGUACCUGGGACCGUAAGCAAUAAAAGUUAAACAAAUUACAUACAUGGUAAUUAUUACAUCUCAAGUUUUUUACAUUUUCUUCAAUUAAGAUUAUCAUUUUGAGUAAUUUAAUGAAAAUCAUCCACAAUCAUCUAUCUUUUUUCAAAAAUAACUAUAACAUGCAGAAACUAUCGAUCGAGAAACGUACCAUAUCCAAGUAGAAAUAUCCGAAAAUCUUAUGAAGUAGAUAAAUAUUUGAAAAGCAAAACAAGGGAUUUUAAAAAGGCUCUCACAAUGUUACACAAAAAUAACAAUAACAAGUCAUCUUUCUUGAAGAAAAUAUAACAAUUUUUAAAACCCCUGCAAAUCUGUUCACUAAUAAAGCUUUUGGUGUAAUCCA